UAAACUGAAGCCACAAGUGAAGAAGCCACGUCGGUGCGUGGUAGUUACGAUUACUCCCGGGCCGGCAUCGUCUUCCAUUCCGUCCCACGCGCUCCCGAGUUCCGACUGGUCUCUGGGGCGGCCGGGCGGAGCUCAGAUCCCCGGCGGGCGGACUCCAGAUCGGGAAAGGCCCAGCUCCAAGGAAGAAAGAAUGGUGAAGGAUGUCCAUGAGCCAUCGAACGGCGUGUCUCUGAACAGUUCGCCUUCGCAAAGUAUUGUUAAUUCAGAAAAGGUUAAUCCUGGACAAAUUCCAGAGUUGACAUGGGAACACAAGCUAAGCCAUGUUAGAUAUGAUUUGCCGUCAUUUGGACUUACAUGGAGGGAGAUACGGCAGAUGGCUGGUCUUGGUUUGCGUCUUGGUCGACACAUCCUUGAGGAAACUUCAAAAGGACGAACUGCUAUUAUUGAUCCCAUGAAGAAGCGCACUGCAAGAUCUGGUCAGGGUGUUCCACUUGGAGGCAUUGGGAAGUAUUGGAAGAAGCUGCAAAGGCGAGUUUCAACGCUGGCAAUUGUUCCCCGGAGCCUGUGAAGAUAAGCCAGUAAUGGCAAAUCAAUUUUCUGUAAGUCUUAGCUAUUCUACUUCGUCCCACUUAGGCAC